CGUUCCCGUCCCGUCCCCGUCCGCUCGCUCUACAAAGCUGUCGUCCGCUCCUCGCUGGCCUGCCGGCUGCUCUCUUCUCCUUACAUCACCCAUGUCCGGCUUGGCCGUGCCCGAGCAUAUCCCCUGACAUCUGUUUCUCUCUCUGCCUGACUUUCCCCACACAUCGCCUCCAUCAUGACGGACCUCGUCAUCCAGCCGUCGCCCACUAGUCCCAUUGGCGGUGGGCGCGGCGUGUUGGGGUUGAACAUCAAAACUGACUUGUCCAUCUCCAGCUUCCCCGCGUACGUGGAUCCGUUUACUUCGUCAGGCGAGACCAUGUCAAGCUCCCCAAUAGCUAUGAGCGCCACCCAUCGUCUAGUGGAGAGGGUCAAGGGGGACGAGCCGGGGAGGCAUCCGUCGCCGCAGCCCACGCACGUCAGCUACCCCCUCAUGCCGAGGGCGAACGGCAACGGCCACAGGGUCCUGCGCUCAGCGACCGUGGGCUACGUUGCGCCCGAGUUCAAGGGCAAGAAGGAGCAGAUGAAACAAGUCAAGGCAUACAUCAUGAAAUGCGGGUGGAUUCCCGAGUCGCUGGUUGACUCUCAGAUCGCUUGGUUCUACAACGAUCUCGGUAUCGACGAUGUCUACUUCCAAGUCGAGAACCCGGAAGUGGUGGCCAACCACAUUACAUCCCUCUAUGCCGCCAAGGUCGCCGCAUAUUCGCGCGAAGACAAGCGGGAAGAGAUCCGCUUGGACAUGGAAGCCUCGGACCAUGCCAUCUACAUCGACACCAGCGAGCCCGGCAAGACCGCCAUCGACGGUCCGCGGUACGAACAUCGCCUGGAAGCCAAGUACCUGGACGGCAGCGACCCGUCAAAACGCUUCCGCGUCGAGACCUUCCGGUCACCCGGUAUCAUCGGACCCUCGGACUCGAAGUCGACAUUGCGCUGCUACUUCGUCUACCAGUGCCACUUCGUCGAGCCCAACGCCGAUCCCAAGGAGACUCGACUCGAGGUCAUCAGCGACCGCAUGUUCCUCGCCAAGGUGACCAAGAACACCAAGCAGAUCUACCAGGAGAUCAUCGAGAUCGCUGUCAGCAGGACCGGUCCGGUCAUCGAGGUUUUCGACAUCGAAGACUCGCGGGAGAAGAGGUUGGUCGUCGCCUUCCGCUCCAGGACAGCGAGAGGAAUGUUCAGCGCCCUGAGCGAUCUCUACCAUUACUACGGCGUCACGAGCUCCCGGAAGUACGUCGAGCAGUUCUCCAACGGGAUCACGGUCAUGAGCAUCUACCUGCGCCCCGCCGCGAACCUCGACUCCUCCAAGUAUCCGCCGAUCGAGGAGUCGAUCCACCAGAUCACCAAGGAGGUGUCGCUCCUGUACUGCAUGCCCCAGACCAAGCUCCACGCCAUGUUCGCCUCGGGCGAGCUGAGCCUGCAAGAAACCAUCUAUGCGCACUGCGUAUGGGUCUUCGUGCAGCACUUCUUGAACCGUCUCGGGUCCGAGUACGCCUCGCUGGUGGCGGCACUCGAUCCCAGAAACAACGGGCACGCCGAGAUCCUGUCGAGGAUGAAGAAGCGCCUGCGCACCGAGACGUUCACUCCCGAUUACAUCCUCGAGAUCAUCAGUUCACAUCCCGGGCUCAUCCGCGCCCUGUACGCCUCUUUCGCCGCCGUCCACCUCCAGGUCGGGCCCGACUUUGACCGCUAUUGCAUUGCCCCGACCCCGGGCACGGAGGUCCUCUCUGAUGCCAAGCUCAAAGAAAAAAUCACGAAGGACGUUUCCAAUGAGCACGAGGAGAUGGUCAUGACGGCCUUCCGCGUCUUCAACAACGCCGUGCUCAAGACCAACUAUUUCACCCCGACCAAGGUGGCACUGAGCUUCCGGCUCGACCCCUCGUUCCUCCCUGAGAUUGAGUACCCGAAGCGCCUCUACGGCAUGUUCUUCGUCAUCACGGCAGAGUCGCGGGGCUUCCACCUGCGCUUCAAGGACAUUGCUCGGGGCGGUAUCCGCAUCGUCAAAUCGCGCAGCAAGGAGGCCUACUCGAUCAACGCUCGGAACCUGUUCGACGAGAACUACGGUCUCGCCAGCACCCAGCAGCGCAAGAACAAAGACAUCCCCGAGGGGGGCUCCAAGGGCGUCAUCUUGCUUGAUCCUAAGCAGCAGGACAAGGCCCGCGAGGCCUUCGAGAAGUAUAUCGACAGCAUCCUGGACCUGCUGCUGAAGGCCGAGACACCCGGCAUCAAGAACCCCAUCGUCGAUCUCUACGGCAAGGAAGAGAUCCUCUUCAUGGGCCCGGACGAGAACACGGCCGACCUGGUCGACUGGGCAACCGAGCACGCCCGCACCCGCGGCGCUACCUGGUGGAAGUCGUUCUUCACCGGCAAGUCGCCGAAGCUGGGUGGCAUCCCGCACGACACGUACGGCAUGACGACGCUGUCGGUGCGCGAGUAUGUCAAGGGCAUCUACCGCAAGCUCAACUUGGAUCCGUCCAAGGUGAGGAAGAUGCAGACGGGCGGCCCGGACGGCGACCUGGGCAGCAACGAGAUCCUUCUCAGCGACGAGACGUACACCGCCAUCGUCGACGGCUCCGGCGUCCUCGUCGACCCCAACGGCAUUGACAAGGAGGAGCUGUACCGGCUCGCCAGGAAGCGCCAGAUGAUCUCGCAUUUUGAUCUGUCCAAGCUGUCCAAGGACGGUUAUAGGGUGCUCUGCGAGGAUGCGAACGUCACGCUGCCCAGCGGAGAGGUUGUCAGCAAUGGCACGGCGUUCCGCAACACGUACCAUCUCCGUGACACCGGUCUGACGGAUAUGUUUGUGCCGUGCGGUGGCCGGCCCGAGUCGAUCGACCUCGUCUCGGUGAACAAGCUCAUCAAGAACGGCAAGGCCACCAUCCCCUACAUCGUCGAGGGCGCCAACCUCUUCAUCACGCAAGACGCCAAGCUGCGCCUCGAGGAGGCCGGCUGCAUCGUGUAUAAGGACGCCAGCGCCAACAAGGGCGGCGUGACCAGCUCCUCGCUCGAGGUACUCGCAUCCCUUAGCUUCGACGAUAAGGAGUUUGCCGAGAACAUGUGCUACGACGGCAAGGGCAACGCCCCCGAGUUCUACAAGGCGUACGUCAAGGCGGUGCAGGAGAAGAUCCAGGAGAACGCGCGGCUCGAGUUCGAAGCCAUCUGGCGCGAGCACGAGCAGACGGGCGUGCCGCGGUCAGUGAUCUCCGACAAGCUGUCGGUGGCCAUCACGACGCUCGACGAGCAGCUGCAGCACUCGGACCUGUGGGAGAACGAGGACAUCCGCCGCGCCGUGCUGGCGGACGCGCUGCCGAACCUGCUCAUCGAGAAGCUCGGCCUCGAUACCAUCAUCCACCGCGUGCCGGACACGUAUCUGCGCGCCAUCUUUGGCAGCUACCUGGCCAGCCGGUUCGUCUACGAGUGCGGCAGCUCGCCGAGCCAGUUCGCGUUCUAUGACUUCAUGUCCAAGAGGAUGGCCAAGAUGCAGUCGUGAUUUCAGUCAGCAUUGUCCAUGCUUUCAUUCAAAAGGACUUGUGUGUUGUCUCUCAGGCGAUUGGCGUACGGAAAACUGCAACAUGUGUCUCGACGGAAGAAAAAAAGAAGAAAAACGACUUAGGCAUGGAAGCAAAGCUGGUUUGGGCAGACAUGGGGCUUUUGGUGCUACAGAAAAUCGUCGGCUGCGGUCCUGAUCCGCUGUUGUCUGUUUUCUUGUUUCUUGUCCUUUUCCUCUUGGGUCAGUUC